GAAAUGGACCAAAGUAUUGCUCAACAAAAAAUCAAAGAUUUGACAACAGAAAUUGAAGGGAAAAUCCAGCAAGUCAACGCUACAGUUUGUGAUCUUUUAUAUUCCCUAGAUCUCCAAGAACAAGGAGGGAAAUGUGAUUGGUCUGAUAUUGUUCAAAAAUUUUGUUCUCUCUCCAGCACAUUUUCUAAAUUGGAACAAAUUUUACGCAAACCAGGAAUUGAUUUUGAUGAUAAUGCUAAAUUAUUGAAAAUGACUCAACUAGUUCCUCAAAUUGUUUCUCUUGAACAUGACAAUACUUUACAGGAGAUAACAGAAGGCCGUCUAUCUACUUUUGAUCACAAUAUUGUUCCAAUUCUGUUGAGGACUAAAUUGAAACCUGAUGUUGAAGAUGAAGAGAUUAGUAUUGAUAGGGAUAGACUUUCCAAACAAAUUGAUGUUAAUAAACAAGUGAGUUUUUUUAUGUAAUUCUGUCGACUAAUGGUGUCGGUGCUUGCGAAAUCUUCGACUCCUCAACCCCACAUCUCUUUUCUGCGAUUCAACCGAAUUUAGAGGGAACAUCGGCCCCGGCAUCUUCACUUUUCUAUCUGGAACCAAACAGAAAAAAAUAAUUCGGUCCGGUCCUGGGAGGGUUUCCACACUGGGAGGGUUUCCACAUGAACGUAAUGAAGUAAACCAGGGCUCUCAUCGACAAA